AUGCCCGGCAGCUCGCGCAUGCCUGUCAGCCUGCGUGAUGGAAUCACGAACGUCAAGAAGUCGCGGGCUGGCAGCUCGUUGCAGUUCCUGAACCUUGAGCUGCUCAAGAACAUCAUCUUCUUCUACUUUCUCCUCAGGUGGACCCGCCGCUCCUUCUGGAAGCUCAAGGGCCGCGGGCUCAUCGGCACUGUCGUCGAGCUGUACACGGACGCGCGCCGCAUAUCGUACGGAUGGCUGCUGCAGGCGCCUGGAGUCCGCAGCAAAGUGAAGGCCCAGGUCGACGAGGCCAAGGCAAAACUGCAGCUCAAGCUCAUCAAGACUGGCGAGAAGCGCUACCUGGCCCUGCCUAAGCAGGGCUGGUCCGACGACGACCUCCGCGCCGAGCUGGCCAGGCUGGCCGAUCUGGACCACACCCGCUGGGAGGAUGGCUACGUUUCGGGUGCUGUCUACCACGGCGAGGACGCCCUGCUGAAGCUGCAGACCGAGGCUUAUGGAAAGUUCACCGUCGCCAAUCCCAUUCACCCGGAUGUCUUCCCUGGCGUGCGCAAGAUGGAGGCAGAGGUCGUGGCCAUGGUGCUGUCGCUGUUCCACGCGCCCACACACGGGGCCGGCGUGACCACGAGCGGUGGCACCGAGAGCAUCCUGAUGGCCUGCUUGAGCGCGAGGCAGAAGGCCUUUGCUGAGCGCGGCAUCACGGAGCCCGAGAUGAUUCUGCCCGACACUGCGCACACGGCCUUCCGCAAGGCAUGCGAGUACUUCAAGAUCAAGAUGCAGCUGGUGCCCUGCCCUGCGCCCAGGUACCAGGUCGACACGCGCCGGGUCGCCAGGUUGGUCAACGCCAAUACAGUUCUGAUCGUGGGCAGCGCGCCCAACUUCCCUCACGGCAUCAUAGACGACAUCCAGGGGCUCUCGAGGAUCGCCCUGCGGCGCAACAUCCCCCUGCACGUGGACUGCUGUCUGGGGUCCUUCCUGAUGCCCUUCCUGGACAAGGCCGGCUUCGAGGUGCCGCCCUUCGACUUUCGUCUGCGCGGCGUGACGUCAAUUUCGUGCGACACUCACAAGUACGGCUUUGCGCCUAAGGGCAACAGCGUCUGUCUUUACCGUACUGAGGAGUUGCGCGCGUAUCAGUACUUUGUCAGUCCAGACUGGGCAGGCGGCGUGUAUGCCUCCCCUGGUCUGGCGGGGUCCCGUCCCGGCGCGCUGAUCGCGGGCUGCUGGACAAGCCUUAUGAGCGUGGGUGAGGAAGGCUAUCUCAACUCGUGCGUCAAGAUCGUCGGCACGACCAGGAAGAUCGCCGACCGCAUACGCGAGUCGCCCGUGCUCUCGGCCGAGCUGGAGAUCAUGGGCCAGCCGCUUGUCAGCGUCGUGGCCUUCACCGCGCGCAGCCUCAACAUCUACGACAUCGCCGAUGAGAUGACCCACCGCGGCUGGCACCUCAACUCACUCCAAGAUCCGCCCGCCAUGCACGUCGCCGUGACCAUGCCCAUCGUGAAGGUGUGGGAGAAGCUCACAGACGACCUGGAGGCGGUCAUCGAGGCCGAAAGGGAGAAGGAGAGGGUGAGGGUCGUCGAGGGGAAGGGGGCUAAAGGCAAGGCGAUAGGGGAUUCAGCAGCCUUGUACGGUGUUGCGGGCAGCCUGCCCAAUAAGGGAGUUGUAGUGGACCUGGCCAGAGGGUUCCUGGAUACACUCUACAAGGCAUGAAGAAGGGGGGAGAUGAGGCAGAGAAAGAAGCACAAGAAGCAUAGUACAUAUUAGAGCACUGCUGUUUUUUGGAGCACCCUGUUACUGGAGCAGGCAGAGGGUUUAUCGGGCAUUGAUACCAUAUCGUGGGAAGAACAGUCAUAGUUAUUACACAUUUAUACACGUGAGCA